CACGAGAAAUGAGGACGAUCAAAAAUUCAAUGAAUCAGCUAAAAAAAAAUUUAAAGCUUCCUGCUAAACUUCCUCGAUUUGUUUCAUAGCUGAGACCCCAUCUUCUGUAUUGAAUACAAAUCUCAUACUUCAUCAUUCAUGUCAUCUUUUCUCGAAUAGAAAGACCCAGAAACCCCAAGCUUCAAUGGCAAUUUAGCUAUUGGAUAGAACAGAAUUUCAUCGUCCGCUCCAACUUCAUUUUCCUCUAAUGGCGUCAACUUCGCUCAUGGAAACCCUCUUCCAGCGCACCAUCGAGGACCUCAUCAAGGGGCUCCGCCUGCAACUCGUCGGCGAAUCCAUCUUCAUUUCCAAAGCCCUCGACGAAAUCCGGCGCGAGAUCAAGUCCACCGACCUGCCCACCAAAGCUACUGCUCUCCAAAAGCUCUCCUACCUCAGUUCCCUCUACGGCGUGGAUAUGUCGUGGGCAGCCUUUCACGCAGUGGAAGUCGUCUCUUCCCCGCGGUUUUCCCACAAGAAGAUCGGGUACCAUGCCAUCUCACAGUCAUUCAACGAGCACACCCCUGUAAUCCUCCUUAUCACCAAUCAGCUCCGCAAGGAUUUGACGAGUACCAACGAAUUUGAGGUGAGUCUUGCUCUCGAAUGUUUGUCGAUGAUUGCAACCGAUGAUCUUGCUAGGGAUUUAACGCCUGAGGUUUUUACCUUGUUAAGCAGUAGUAAGGUUUUAAUUAGGAAGAAAGCAAUUGCUGUGGUUCUGACGGUUUUUGGGAAAUGCCCAGAUGCCGUCAGGGUUUGUUUCAAGCGUCUAGUGGAUAAUUUAGAAAAUUCUGAUCCGCAGACUGUGUCUGCGACUGUUGGGGUGUUUUGUGAACUUACUACGAAAGAACCCAGAUCGUAUCUUCCAUUAGCGCCGGAAUUUUAUAAGAUUUUAGUUGAUUCCAGGCACAAUUGGGUUCUGAUUAAGGUGCUUAAGAUCUUUGCAAAGUUGGCUCCGUUAGAACCAAGGUUAGCCAAGCGAAUUGUUGAGCCAAUUUGUGAGCAUAUGAAAAGGACUGGAGCUAAGUCUUUGUUGUUUGAGUGCAUUAGGACUGUAGUAAGUAGCUUGAGUGAAUAUGAAUCGGCUGUGAAAUCUACGGUGCCAAGGAUUAGGGAGUUUUUGGUGGAUGAUGACCCAAAUCUUAAGUAUCUUGGAUUACACGCAUUGGCAAUCGUUGCCCCAAAGCAUUUGUCUGCCGUGUUGGAGAAUAAGGAGGUUGUAAUUAAGUCCUUGAGUGAUGAAGAUCCUAAUAUCAAACUUGAGUCUUUAAGGCUAGUGAUGUCAAUGGUUUCUGAAGACAAUGUGGCUGAAAUUGCCAGAGUUUUGAUCAAUUAUGCACUUAAAUCUGAUCCCCAGUUUUGUAAUGAGAUUCUUGGUUCCAUUUUAUUGACGUGUUCUGGAAAUUUAUAUGAGAUUAUUGUCGACUUUGAUUGGUAUGUCUCUCUUCUUGGGGAAAUUUCAAGAAUCCCUCAUUGCCAGAAAGGUGAAGAAAUUGAGAAUCAGCUAAUUGAUAUUGGUCUGCGGGUAAAGGAUGUUAGACCACAGCUUGUUCAUGUUGGUCGGAGUUUGCUUAUUGAUCCUGCAUUGCUUGGUAAUCCAUUCUUUCAUAGAACGUUAUCUGCUGCAGCUUGGGUGUCUGGGGAGUAUGUCGAGUUCUUGAGGGAUCCAUUGGAACUCAUGGAAGCACUAUUGCAACCCCGUACCAGUCUCCUGCCUCCAUCAAUAAGAGCUGUAUACAUCCAGUCCAUUUUUAAAGUUUUGAUAUUUUGUUUGAAUUGUUACUUCUCUCAAGGAAAUGGUGCUGCUUCCUCUUCAAAUCAUGAUGCUUUGGGUCCAGAAGUCUCAGAACUGACCUCUAGGGAAUGCGGGGAAAGUUGUGAUUUAGGCAAGUCCGAGUUGGAUGAAACAUUCAACCCAAGGGUUCUUGACCAAUCACUUGGAGGUCUUUCUGCAGAAAAGAGUUGUUUCGUGCCCAAUUCUCAUGUCCAGACAUCCACAUCAGCUUCUCUAGGGAAGCACAAUUUCACACAUGAAUCUAUUGUUAACUUACUAGAUCUAGUUGAAUUGUGUUUGGAUCCGUUAUCUGGAAGCCAUGAUGUGGAAAUACAGGAGAGAGCAAGGAAUGUACUUGGUUUUAUUUAUCUGAUAAAGCAAGAAAUACUUAAGUUCCAAAAUGAAGGAGCUAUAGAAAGGGGAGAUUUGGAAGCUUCCAGAAGAGCAAUUGAACUGGUGCAUGAUGCCUUCUCUGAGGAUCUUGGGCCUGUCUCAGUAAGUGCUCAGGGAAGAGUUCCUUUGCCAGAUGGCUUAAUCCUCAAGGAGGAUCUUGGUGACCUGGAAACAAUCUGUGCUGAUAUCCCUCUGCCUUCGUCUAAUUCAUUUUAUUUUGGAAGUGCUAACAAUGGGGAAGAUGCUGGUAUUUCUCUCUCUAACCUUGACAUCAAAGAAGAGUUGGAACCUUCAAAUGAGUCAACGUCUCUGCUAGCAGAACACCGUAAGCGACAUGGGUUGUAUUAUCUACCCUCAGAGAAGGGAGGAAUUGCUUCAAAUGAUUAUCCUCCUGCAAAUGACCCAAAAUUAUCUGAAGGUCUUAAUGAUGCAAAUGAUCUAGUUAAGCUUGCAGAGCAGUCAUUUGUUCCAAAGAAGAGAUCAAAUCAUGUGAAGCCUAGGCCUGUGGUAGUGAAAUUGGAUGAAGGAGACGGAAUGCCCAUGGUGUCUAAGAAGCCAGAGCUUAAGGAUGAUCUACUAUCUGGUGCUGUGCGCGAUGUUCUUUUAGGCAAUGAAGAUGAAUCCACAUCAUCACGAAAUAAUCCAUUUGGUAAGCCACCCAGCAAGAAAAAAGGGAAGGAAAAACAAAACAUGGAUAAUCAUUUGGAAGCUAAAGAAAAUUUGGGUGAUACAGAUAAAGCUAAUAAUGCAAAUUCUAGUUCAAGAAGAAGCAAACACCAUAAUCAGGGUAAAGAGAGAAGACAUAAAAAGAAGAAUGCUGAGGAAAGAGAAGAAAAUGAUUCAAAAGAGAAGCAGAAGAGUAGUCACCGCCCCAAUAAGCACAAAUGUCGACAAAAGGCAGAAAAGUCAUUGGAUGUUGUUCCACAAUCACCAGUAGUUCCUGAUCUCCUGUUGUAGCAUUAAAUAUUUUGCAUUGCGUUCGCAAGCAUAUGCUAGAGAGAACUUUGGCGAUUUACAUGGUUAGUUCCGUUAAAAGAUUUUGUUAAUCAUCUUUAUUCUGUGUUUGGGGUUUAUGGUUCUUUUUAACUGUGAGGUUGGUGUUACUUACAUGGUAUAUAUAUAUAUAUAUACUGAAUGCAAUUUUUGUGCAGCAAAUUCCAAUUGAUGUAUUUUGUUCCCGAGU